UAAAUUAUAAAGUAUGAAUUUAAAUAUUAAUAUUAUGAUAACAAUAAAUUUAAAUAUAUCAGUCAACUAUCUAAUGAAUCACCGGACCUUCCCCUCUUCAACUGGAAAAUGAAGGGAUAGUGCAAUUGGAGUUAAAACCCCUCUUGGAUUCAAUGGGAUCUAAAUGAGGCUUAAGUCAACUAAUUAAUGUGUCUGUUAAAUUAUCGUUUUGCAUUAAUAAAUAGAUAAAGAAAAAAAGUAGAUGUUAAUACAAUUCAAAUGGCAAGAAAAGGGGAAAAAAAAAGAAAACAGACAAGUUAACUUAUAUAUGCUUAUGAUAUUAAAUUACAAAAUAAUAAGUGGCUCUUUGUCAUCUCAAGAACUGAACAUCCCACCCAUCUUAGGUUUAUUCUAACUCAAAACCUCAUAGAUAGAAUCUUAAGUUAACAAGUGUUAAGGUGUUCAUGUGGACAAUCCAAUACAACUAUAUUGACACAUCUCAAUGUGGAGUAUUGAGGUGGGAGCAUACAAUGGAAGUUCUCAGUGAUGCAUAGCCAAUUGGGCUGAAAGCCUUCUGCUGUCUGGUUAUCCUACCACUAGAUUGGUAAUAGGAACAACCUAAAAUGCCUAAGGCAUAAUAAAACUAUUAAAACAACGCUCAGGUAUUGUUCCAUAAAUGGCCUCGCAUGUCUUUUUCCCUUUCACAACCUUAAUUUGCGCGUCGAAACACUCUCCAUUCAUUACCCACCACUCUUUUUUCUUUUUUCAGUUUUAUUCUCUAUUAUAUAUAAAACCAAAACAACCCUUCCCCUUCUAAUCAUAUCAUUACCAUCAACAUAGAAGCUGCAUAGAAAUGACGAGAACUGAGAUGAUAAUUCUGUCUUUGUUGUUCGUGAUAACAGUGUCAUUCAGGUUGGUUAAUGGGUAUGGAACGAUAGUGGGAGGGAAAACGCAGGUAAACGACGUGAAGAAUAACAAGGAGGUGCAAGAGCUUGGGAAGUUCUCGGUGGAAGAAUAUAACAGGAGCCAAGGGGAUUUCAGAAGUAAUGGAGGGACGGAGUUGGUUUUUUCUCAGGUGGUGGAGGCGCAGAAGCAGGUGGCUUCUGGGUUCAAGUACUAUCUCAAGAUUGAGGCCAUGCAGAAUGGGGCUAACAAGACGUUUGAAUCGGUGGUUGUGGUGAAACCUUGGGUUCAAUCCAAGGAGUUGAUUAACUUUUCCCCUCCUACUCAAUAAAGAUAGUGGUUUUGGUUGUGUUAAAUCUGUAACAAUGCAGCGGUCAUUCCCCAAGAUUGUUUUUGUGUUUUAGGGCAUUUUUGUUUUGGUUCUUAUGUUUGUGGAUGGGAAUAAGGUCUGUUUCUUUGUUUUGACCUAUGAUUUUCAUAUAUUAUUGGUCUUCGAAUAUCUAAUCUUAAUUAGAAUUAGAAAAUUAGUCUAUUUAUUUAAUAUUAUUUCAUGUCAUGUCAAAUGCCUGUAAUCUUAUUUCUUUUUUGACUUUCUCUCUUCGUUCUUACCAAACGCAGUAUUAAGCCAAGCCCCGAGGAUUUGAUAUACAUGAAUGCUACAUUUAACUCAUUCAUCAUCUAUUUCUUCAUCUAAUAGCAGCAUUCGGACAUUAGCUGUAAAAUCUGAAAC